AUGACCAACAGCAGCUCCAUCCCCCACUUCCUCCUGCUGCCAUUGCCAGGCACAAGGCAGCUGCAGCUCUUGCACUUCUGCCUCUUCCUGGCCAUCUACCUGGCUGCCCUGCUGGGCAAUGGCCUCAUCAUCAGCACCAUAGCCUCUGACCACCACCUCCACACCCCCAUGUACUUCUUCCUCCUCAACCUCUCCAUCCUUGACCUGGGUACCAUCUCCACCACUGUCCCAAAAUCAGUGACAAAUUACCUGUGGGACACCAGGACCAUCUCCUACUCAGGAUGUGCUACACAAGUAUUUUUCUUUCUAUUCUUGAUGUCAGCACAGUAUUCUCUCCUCACCACCAUGUCCUAUGAUCGCUACGUUGCCAUCUGCAGACCCCUGCACUAUGAGACCCUCCUGGGAAGUGCAGUUUGUGUCCUGGCAGCAGCUGCCUGGGCCUCUGGGGUUUUCAAUGCUGUGCUGCACACAGCCAAUACAUUUUCCCUGCCCCUCUGCCAUGGCAAUGCUGUGGACCAGUUCUUCUGUGAAGUCCCACAGAUCCUCAAGCUCUCCUGCUCCACAUCCUACAUCAGGGGAGUUUGGCUUAUUGUGGUCAGUGCCUGUUUAGUCUUUGUCUGUUUUGUGUUCAUUGUGGUGUCCUAUGUGCAGAUCUUCAGGGCAGUGCUGAGGAUCCCCUCUCAGCAGGGACGCCACAAAGCCUUUGCCACCUGCCUGCCUCACCUGGCUGUGGUCUCCCUCUUUGUCACCACUGCCUUUUUUGCCAACCUGAAGCCCCCUUCCAUCUCCUCCCCUUCCUGGAACCUGGUUGCGUCAAUUUUAUACUCAGUGGUGCCUCCAUCAGUGAACCCUCUCAUCUACAGCCUGAGGAACCAGGAGCUGAAGGCUGCCCUGAGCAAACUGAUGGCUUGGGCAUAUUUUGACCGGCCCACCAGCUGUGGGACCUGCCUGCCACCGCCAGCCUGGGACCGAUCCUGCUCAGGAGCCUGCUGGCAAAGCUAUGAGUCGGCCUGCCUGGGACUGAUCCUGUAA